AUGGAAAAGAAACUCGUGUGGCCGAAGAAACUUGAAUCAUCAACCUCACCCUCUAACCCAUACUUGUGGGGAGAGGAGAUGCGUGCCAUCAGGCUUAAGGCCAAGUCAAGUUCAUCAAUAGGAUUGAAGCUAGUCCUCCCACCUAUGUGCAUUCUACAUUGGUUUUUUCAGUCUCAUUAA